AGUUGUAUAUUUUGGACAGCUUUGGGCUUUUAAACCGCGGUUCCUUGCCGCGUUCUUGGCUACAUUGGAACGCAUAUUCAAUUUCAAAAUGCCCUUCCCGCUUUAUAUUUUCAAGCGAUUGUUUUGAAUUUGUAAUUUGAUACUCAGAUGCAGAGUGAAAUUUGGUAUUCAAAAUAUCAAGUGAAUAUAAACAUGCAACGAACUCUCCGAAGACACAAAUCGACGCGAAAACGAAAGGACUUGAAUUUGUUGCGAUGUGUUCGCUUUGGAAUUGAAUUUCUCUCUUGAAGAUCUAUUUGUGUUUCUGAAUGGCAUCAUCUGUAGUCCAGGGGUCAGGAUUCGACGAAAACCGUUUCGAUGGUCCUGUAAGCGAGAACUUUAAAUGCACGAUAUGUUUUAACGUCCUCAACGACCCGAAGAGCUGUCAGAACAACCAACAUUAUUUCUGCAGCGCGUGUAUUCAUCAAUACGUUCAAAAUUACUCCCAGACUUGUCCUGAAUGUCGACAGGAAUUGACGGUGGAAACGUUGGUCACACCUCCCAGGAUUUUGUUGAAUUGUAUUUCAGAACUUCGCAUCAAAUGUGAUCAUGUCGAACGAGGUUGUGCCGCUAGAGUUCAACUUGAAAAACUUAAAAAUCAUCUUGAUGAAUGUGGCUUUGCUCCGGUUACGUGUGCGAAUGAUGGUUGCAACGCGAUUGUCAACAAACGGGACAGAAUUCACCACGAGACUGAACUAUGCGAGUUUCGCAGAGUGCAAUGUCAUAAUUGCGAAGAAUUGAGAAGUGAGAUGUCGAGAUUGAGCGCGAAACAAGAAAAUUUGAGUAAAACUGCUGGCGAAAGGCAAGUAAAGUUGGAAGGAAAGUUAGAUCAAAUCACAACACGGCUUCAGACUAUCGAAGGGAAUGUUAUGGGCAAAAUUACCGGGUUAAAUUUGGCACAUGAACGAGGAAAUGUGAGCGUUGUUCAGGAAAUUAACGAGAUCAAGAGUUUUAUGAGCGAUGUGUUGCAUAAACUCAGUGAUAUCAACAAUGUUGUCUGCCAAAUGCAAGCCUCGGGAAGCCAGGAGAAAGGAAAAAAUCGUAAAGAAGACGAACGAGUUGGUGAACCGAUCGUUGCUUUGGGUGAUAAGGAAGAAAUAUUUGCUGCACUAGAAAGGCAAAACCUGCAAGAGAACCUGCUAUCGUUGGAAAAGGUGCAACAAAAAAAAGCACAGGCAGAAUCUCUUCGUGAAAGCCGCAAGGGCACUACUGGGAAAAGCGAGGAACCAUCUGUUCUCGAUGGGCCGCCUGUUCUGGAAGAUUAUUAUAGUGACGAAGAUGAUAAUUCAGACGACGAUUCUCGGAAUGUUUUAGCAAAACUUUCAGCGAAAGAACGAAAAGAAACACCGAUAAAAGAUAACGAAAAUGGCGCCGGAAAUUUUAAGCCAAUUGCCGGCGCUGCCGUCGCUCAAUCUUCGCUUAGAUCCACUCCUCUGAAAAGCAAACUAUUUAACCCUAAGAAGAGUAAAAAGAUUAAAAAAGGCACGCAAGUGAUAGUUCGGCUCAAUAUCAAUAAUCAUGUUCGGAAAAAGCUAGGAAUGGUUCAAUAUGUCGGAACUUUACCUUUUGACAGAAAGAAAACUCAUGUUGGAGUCGAACUGUACUCUGCAGACGGUGAUAACGAUGGCGUGUUUGAUGGGAAACGAUAUUUCAAGUGCCGACCGAAUCAUGGCGUUUUCUGUCCCAUUGAUGAUGUGACACCACUAGCUUUUCCCACCACAAAAAAAGGUGUACGCAAAGAUUUCGAAUUAUGAGAAAUCAGUUGUGAUUUCUGGUAAAGUAUCUCGGAAAAAGAUGCAUUCGGACACGUGUGUCCUAAAUUUUUCUAGAACAUUUAACAUUUUGUUUAUUAUGUACAUCAAUGUAAACCAAUCGAUAAAUAUUGGCAAUCAAGAGCAGUCGAUAUAACCAUGGCCAGAAAAUUCGGACAUAGUUAACAUUCUACUUCCGCUGAAAUUUGCAUAUGGUGUCAAAAUA